CAAGCCCACAGUGGCAACCAUGAGGUGGAGAUCUGUGUUGUGGAGUUUCCUUGCUUUAUCUAUCACCACUUUCUCUGAGGUCCAAACCACACUGGUUCACAACCAUGUCAGCAGCAUCUGCAGCACAUGGGGCAGGGAUCACUUCAAGACCUUCGAUGGUGAUGUGUACCAGUUUCCCGGCAUGUGUGAAUACAACCUGAUCUCCAACUGCCACGACUCCUAUCAGCUCUUCUCAGUGCACAUAAGGAGAGCAGAAAAGGAUGGAAACCCGACCAUCAGCUACUUGGCAGUCACCAUCAAUGAACUUUUGUUUCACAUCAGUAAAACCUGGGUCACUGUCAACUAUGACAAAGUCCCUCUACCUUAUUACAAGGCAGGGGUGCAAGUGGAAAACAAUGCUGCUUACAUCAAGUUUCAGAGCAAAGUUGGGUUCACUGUCAUGUGGAAUAGAGAAGAUGCUGUGAUGGUGGAAAUUGAUACUGACUUUGCAAACCGAACUUGUGGACUUUGUGGAGACUUCAAUGGUGUCCCAGUAUACAAUGAGUUCAUUCACAAUGGUCGGAAAAUCAGUCCCAUUGAGUUUGGCAACAAACACAAAGCCCACCACCCAAAUGAUGACUGCGAGGACCCUUAUGAGGAGGAUUUGGUGGACGUUGCGACUGUCUCAGAUUCCUGCAAGAAAUUUCUAACUUUCUGUGAAAACAUGUUUUUGUCAGAGUCCUGGAGCUCAUGCGCUAAACUGAUUCACCCUGAAGUUUACAUCCAGGCCUGUGUAAAGGACAUGUGUGGCUGCAGUAACAAUACCAAUGACUUCUGUGUCUGCAGCACGCUGUCUGAGUUUUCUCGACAGUGUUCCCAUGCAGGAGGACAGCCUCCCAACUGGAGGAAAACUCAGUUCUGUGCCAAAGAAUGCCCUUACAACAUGGUGUAUGAAGAAAGUGGUUCCCCUUGCAUGGAUACUUGCACACAUCAGGACACAAGUUCACUCUGUGAGGACCACAAAACGGACGGCUGCUUCUGUCCUUCUGGAACGGUGUUUGAUGAUAUUUCUGAGAGAGGCUGUAUUCCUCAGUCUGAAUGUCAGUGCAAACAUGACAAAAUCUACAACUCUGGAGAGGUUUACCGACAGGAUCAAGAGGAAUGCACAUGCUUUAAGGGAAUGUGGGAUUGCAUCACUCUAGAAACACCGGCUACAUGCGCAAUUGAACAAGGUUCAUAUUUCACUACUUUUGAUGGGAAAACUUACACUUUCCAUGGGGAUUGUUACUACACUCUGGCAAAGGUGGAAAGUAAGGACAGAGCGAGCCCAAAGUUUACCCUCCUGGCCCAGCUGGUGCCUUGUGCUCACCAACAGUUUGACACAUGUCUGAAGUCCCUUAAAAUCCUGCUAAACAAUGACAAAAAUAACGUGCUAUCCUUCACCUCUGAUGGUGUAGUUCAACAGAACAUGCAGACUGUCACUUUGCCGUACCAAUCAGGAGACAUCGAUAUUUUCCACGCCUCAUCCUUUCACAUCUUGCUGCAGACCAGAUUUGGGUUGCAGAUUCAGAUCCAGCAUGUCCCUCUCAUGCAAGUCUACAUCAGCCUGGAGCAAAGCUACAGAUCAAAGACACGUGGUUUAUGUGGGAACUUCAACAUGAUCUUGAGUGAUGAAAUGAAGACUCCUCAGGGGAUCGUGGAGGGAACUGCAGCGACCUUCAGUAACUCUUGGAAGGCUAACUUCAUGUGCUCAGACAUUGAGGAAAGACUUGAUGAUCCAUGUUCCCUCAGUUUGGAAAAUGAGAUGUAUGCCAAACACUGGUGCGCCUUACUUGUGAGUCCAGACAGUGCUUUUGCCCAGUGCCGAUCGGUGGUGGAUCCCGAGAUGUUUUACAAGCGAUGCAUCUACUCCACCUGUAGUUGUGAGAAGAGCGAGGCGUGUUUGUGUGCCGUCUUCUCUUCUUAUGCUCGAGCUUGUGCAGAAAAGGGGGUUCUCCUGACAAACUGGAGAGAGAAUGUGUGCGAUACAUAUGCAAAGAGCUGCCCAGCAUCUCAGACCUUCUCUUACACACAUCAGAGAUGCCAGCUGACAUGCAGGUCUUUGAGCUCGGAGCAGCAGAGCUGCACCUCGGACUUCUUGCCUGUGGAUGGCUGCUCCUGUGCUGAGGGUCUCUACUUGAAUGAAAAUGGCCUUUGUGUUCCAGUGGAAAAAUGUUCCUGCUUCUAUAACGGCAAUUACAUUAAGCCAGGGACAUCCAUCAACAUCAGAGAUGACCACUGCGUGUGCAAUAAUGGAAUACUUCAUUGUCAUUCUUGGAGAAGCCGCAUGUCAUUGUGUCAUUAUCCAAAAGUCUAUUUCAACUGUUCCUCUGCAACCGCGGGAGAACUUGGACUACAGUGUGCUAAAACUUGUUCAAAUCUGGAAAGCGAUGAAUGUGUUUUUACAGAGUGUGAGUCUGGCUGUCGGUGUCCGGAUGGCCUUCUUGAAGAUGGCAAAGGGGGCUGUGUGAAAGAGGCUGACUGUCCAUGUAAGCAUGAUGGACGUAUUUUUGCUCCCGGAGCAGUGAUUCCUAACCUGUGCAAUACCUGCAAAUGUAAAAGUGGAAAAUGGCAGUGCACUGAGAAAAAAUGCCCAGCAUCUUGCAUUAUUUAUGGAAGUGGGCACUACAACACAUUUGAUCAAAGGCCAUAUGGAUUUCAGGGUGAAUGUGGUUACAUCGCUGUCAAGAAUAAAUGUGGCAACAAAACAGCUGAAAACAACUUUGGAGUUAUUACAGAAAAUGUACCCUGUGGCACUUCGGGAACCACCUGCUCCAAAACUGUCAGAAUUCAACUUGGGCGAACAGAAAUCAAACUAAUGAAGGGUAAAUACGUAGAGGAAGAUCUGGGACAAGGGGUCCUGAUACAAUACAGAAUAAGGAGAGUCGGCUUGUAUCUGGUGGUAGAAUCAAACAUUGGUCUGGCGGUGAUAUGGGAUCGAAAAACAGCUGUUCGCAUCCUUCUGGAGCCCCAGCACAGCGGCUCAGUGUGUGGCUUGUGUGGAAAUUUUGAUGGAAAUGGACUGAACGACUUCACCACCCAGGGUCAGCUGGUGGUGAGCAACCCUCUAGAGUUUGCAAACAGCUGGAAAGUUCAGAGCACUUGCCCAGAUAAGGAAGAGAUUGUGGAUUCUUGUGUAGCUGCACCCAUGAGACAUCAAUGGGCAAAAAUGAUGUGCAGCAUCGUAACAGGGAAGACAUUCAAAGACUGCCACCAUAAGGUUGAUCCCCAGCCCUUCUAUGAUAACUGUGUGAAAGACUCGUGUGCCUGCGACACUGGAGGAGACUGUGAGUGUUUCUGCUCAGCUGUCGCAGCCUACGCUCAGGCUUGCAAUGAGGCUGGAGUGUGUGUUGCAUGGCGAACCCCAGACAUCUGCCCUGUUUUUUGUGAUUACUAUAAUAACCCAGAAGAUUGUACAUGGCACUACAGCCCUUGCCACACACCUUGUUACAAAACCUGUUUGAACCCACAAGGAAUUUGUAAUAACCCGAUACCUAAUCUGGAGGGUUGUUAUCCAGUAUGCCCAGAAGAUAAGCCACAAACUACAACUACCACAACUACAACUCCCCCUACAACAACUACAGAGACUCCAACAACCACAACAACAACUCCCACUACAACAACUCCAGAACCUCAUACAAUCACAACUACAACUCCCCCUACAACAACUCCAUGCAUUCCAACUUGUGAGUGGUCUGACUGGUAUAAUGUGCAUGAUCCAAUCACAGACAAAAAUGACUGGGAAACCUAUGAAAAUGUCACAAACAAUGGUCUAAUUAUAUGUGAAAAUCCAAUGGAAAUUGAUUGUAGGGCAGCGGUUUUACCAGACAUGGACUUUGAGGACUAUUUGGAAGACACUCAGCAGGUUGUAAGUUGUGAUAUAAACUAUGGCUUAAUCUGUAAAAAAGAAGACCAGCCAAAGCGACCAGGAAAGUGUUUUGACUACAAAUUCAGAUUGUGCUGUCCAGUAUGUGAAAUAACAACAACACUCAGAACAACUCCCACAACCACAACUACAACUCCCACUACGACAACUCCAGAGCCUCCUACAACCACAACUACAACUCCCCCAACGACAACUACAGAGACUCCUACAACCACAACUACAACUCCCCCUACUACAACUACAGAGACUCCUACAACCACAACUACAACUCCCACUACAACAACUAUAGAGACUCCUACAACCACAACUACAACUCCCCCUACGACAACUACAGAGACUCCUACAACCACAACUACAACUCCCCCUACGACAACUACAGAGACUCCUACAACCACAACUACAACUCCCCCUACAACAACAACAACAGAGACUCCUACAACCACAAAAAGUACAACUGCAUCUCCCACUACAACAACUCCAAAGCCUCCCACAACCACAACUCCCCCUACAACAACAACAGAGACUCCUACAACCACAAAAACUACAACUGCACCUCCUACUACAACAACUCCAAAGCCUCCCACAACCACAACUCCCCCUACAACAACUACAGAGACUCCUACAACCACAACUACAACUCCCCCUACAACAACUACAGAGACUCCUACAACCACAACUACAACUCCCCCUACAACAACUACAGAGACUCCUACAACCACAACUACAACUCCCACUACAACAACUAUAGAGACUCCUACAACCACAAAAACUACAACUGCACCUCCUACUACAACAACUCCAAAGCCUCCCACAACCACAACUCCCCCUACAACAACUACAGAGACUCCUACAACCACAACUACAACUCCCCCUACAACAACAACAGAGACUCCUACAACCACAACUGCACCCCCUACUACAACAACUACAGAGACUCCUACAACCACAACUACAACUCCCCCUACAACAACUACAGAGACUCCUACAACCACAACAACAACUCCCCCUACAACAACUACAGAGACUCCUACAACCACAACUACAACUCCCCCUACAACAACUACAGAGACUCCUACAACCACAACAACAACUCCCCCCACAACAACUACAGAGACUCCUACAACCACAACAACAACUCCCUCUACUACAUCUCCAAAGACUCCCACAACCACAACUCCCUCUACAACAACUACAGAGACUCCUACAACCACAACAACAACUCCCCCUACAACAACUCCAAAGCCUCCCACAACCACAACUCCCCCUACAACAACUACAGAGACUCCUACAACCACAACUACAACUCCCCCUACAACAACUACAGAGACUCCUACAACCACAAAAACUACAACUGCAUCUCCCACUACAACAACUCCAAAGCCUCCCACAACCACAACUCCCCCUACAACAACUACAGAGACUCCUACAACCACAACAACAACUCCCCCUACAACAACUACAGAGACUCCUACAACCACAACUACAACUCCCCCUACAACAACUACAGAGACUCCUACAACCACAACAACAACUCCCCCUACAACAACUACAGAGACUCCUACAACCACAACAACAACUCAUACAACAACUACAGAGACUCCUACAACCACAACAACAACUCCCCCUACAACAACUACAGAGACUCCUACAACCACAACUACAACUCCCCCUACAACAACUACAGAGACUCCUACAACCACAACAACAACUCCCCCUACAACAACUACAGAGACUCCUACAACCACAACUACAACUCCCCCUACAACAACUACAGAGACUCCUACAACCACAACAACAACUCCCCCUACAACAACUACAGAGACUCCUACAACCACAACUACAACUCCCCCUACAACAACUACAGAGACUCCUACAACCACAACUACAACUCCCCCUACAACAACUACAGAGACUCCUACAACCACAACUACAACUCCCCCUACAACAACUACAGAGACUCCUACAACCACAACAACUACAACUGCACCUCCUACUACAACAACUACAGAGACUCCUACAACCACAACAACUCCCCCUACAACAACUACAGAGACUCCUACAACCACAACAACAACUCCCCCUACAACAACUACAGAGACUCCUACAACCACAACAACUCCCCCUACAACAACUACAGAGACUCCUACAACCACAACUACAACUCCCCCUACAACAACUACAGAGACUCCUACAACCACAAAAACUACAACUGCACCUCCCACUACGACAACUCCAAAGCCUCCCACAACCACAACUCCCCCUACAACAACUACAGAGACUCCUACAACCACAAAAACUACAACUACACCUCCUACUACGACAACUCCAAAGCCUCCCACAACCACAACUCCCCCUACAACAACUACAGAGACUCCUACAACCACAACUACAACUCCCCCUACAACUACUACAGAGACUCCUACAACCACAAAAACUACAACUGCACCUCCCACUACGACAACUCCAAAGCCUCCCACAACCACAACUCCCCCUACAACAACUACAGAGACUCCUACAACCACAAAAACUACAACUGCACCUCCUACUACAACAACUCCAAAGCCUCCCACAACUACAACUCCCCCUACAACAACUACAGAGACUCCUACAACCACAACUACAACUCCCCCUACGACAACUCCAAGCACUACCACAGAAUCAAUUGUUACUGGCCCACCAUUGUCAACAGUGACAAUUCCAGCUACACCAGUAGUAGUGGUUACAACCCAAUCAACUUCGUCAAGUUCCACGACAGAGUGCUUCUGUGUUUUCAAUGGCACAGUUUAUCUGCCAGGGGAUGAAAUAUUUUUAAUGUACCCCAUUGGAUCAGGCCUUUGUCUCACAAUGAUUUGUUCUGAUGUUUGUGAAAUUCAUAACAACACUGAAAUGUGUCAGAGUACCUCAACCUUGGGACCAGCACCCUCUCCCACACCCUACAUUCCUACAUGUCCUGAAUGGGAUGUUGUUCAAAAUGAGACCUUCUUCUUGUGCAACUGCACUAUGGCCAGAUGCAUUGAGAACAACACAAUUGAAAUAAUUCCAUAUGAGUGUCCACCCCUCCAGAACAUAACUUGUACCAAUGGAAAGAAACCAGUUCUUGUGUAUGAUGAGUACCACUGCUGCCAACAUUAUGUUUGUGACUGUGUAUGCGAAGGCUGGGGAGAUCCUCAUUACAUCACAUUUGAUGGAUUAUACUACAGUUAUCAAGGAAAUUGUACUUACAUUUUGAUGGAGGAGAUCACAGCAAAAUAUCAUUUGAAGAUCUAUGUUGACAAUGUAUUUUGUGAUCCCACGGAAGAUGUUUCUUGUCCAAGAUCAAUAAUCAUAGCAUAUGGAUUUCACGUUGUCACACUCAUCAAUCAUAACCUUAUCGGAGCUCCACAAUUAGAGGUAUUAAAAAAUGGUGAAAUAUUGAAAUUACCCUAUGCACAACAAGGUAUUAAGAUUGUGAGUUCUGGUAUUAACUUGGUUUAUGAGAUCCCUCUCCUAAAUGUGGUUGUUACAUUUGGAAUGACUGGCUUUAGUGUCAACCUUCCAUAUAAGUAUUUUGGGAGCAACACACAGGGUCAUUGUGGUACAUGCACCAACAAUCAGGCUGAUGACUGCAAGUUGCCGACAGGCGAACUGUUGGAAAAUUGUGCAGUGAUGGCAGACUAUUGGCCAGCAAAUGACAUUUAUCAACCUAACUGCCCAACACCACCUGAAGUACCCACUCAAGUUCCUGAACCACCGCUAGAGCCAACUCCAUGCAAGCCAGAUUCCAUUUGUGAUCUGCUGAAGAGCAGUGUUUUUGCAGAAUGUCACCCAUUGGUUUCCCCAGACAAUUUCUACAGAGGUUGUGUUUUUGAUAGUUGCCAUGUUUCGAAUCCUGCAGUAGAGUGCACAAGUUUGCAAACUUAUGCUGCUGCCUGUGCUCAGGCUGGAAUUUGCAUCCACUGGAGAAACCACACCAAAAUAUGUGCUAGUGACUGUCCAUCAGACAAAGUUUAUAAACCUUGUGGCCCUGCAGAACAGCCCACUUGUGAGGACAAUCCCAAUGAACCAAACAUAAACUUUAUUACUGAGGGCUGCUUCUGUCCUGAUGGAAUGAAACUCUUCAACAAAGAGUCAGGAAUAUGUGUUGAAAAGUGUGGAUGUCUUGAUCCUGAAGGCAUUCCUCGAGAGUUUAAUGAGAGGUUUGAGUACAAAUGCCAGGACUGCAUUUGUGAUGAGCCUACCAAAACUGUAAUUUGCAAACCAAAGACUUGCCCAGCACCACCCACUGCUAACUGCACUGAGCCAGGGUUUGUUGUUGUGAACCAAACCAAUCCUGCGGAUCCCUGUUGCUAUGCCUACACUUGUCAAUGCAACAUCAACAAAUGCCCAGUAAGCAGCAUGAACUGUCCAGUUGGAUACAAACCAGUCAUCAGUGUUCCAGAGGGAAAAUGCUGUCCAGAACAUACAUGUGAGCCUAAGCGAGUUUGUGUCCACAAGGAUGUUGAAUACCUGCCUGGUUCCUCAGUUCCUGCGUAUGCAUGCCAGGACUGUACCUGCAGCAAUGAGGUCGACCCAAAAUCCGGUCUGUUUAAAAUAACUUGUGUGUUUCAACAAUGUAAAGAGACCUGUGAGCCGGGAUAUGAAUAUGUGGAAACUAACUCUUAUGACUGCUGUGGGAAGUGUGUACAGAAACAAUGUGUCCUGAAUUUACAUGGUACCAAGCAUCUCUUGAAUGAAGGAGAAACCUGGUCACCGCCUGAAAACAUGUGUGAUCACUACACCUGUAUGAGGAGUGGGGACACACUAACAGCCCUAAGUUCACACAUCAUUUGCCCGGUUUUCCAACAGAGUAACUGCCAGCCUGACACAAUUCAAACAGCUGCAAAUGGGUGCUGUAAAACUUGUGUGGAGAAAGACAAAGCCUGCAAACUAGUGAGCAUGAAAACUCGAGUUUCGCACCAUGGCUGUCAGUCUGAACAUGAAGUGGAAAUACCGUACUGUGAAGGAUCUUGCAACACAUUCACUAAGUACUCUGAAGCAGCAGCUGCUAUGGAACAUUCUUGCUCCUGCUGCAAGGAAACGCGCUCCACCAAUCGCACCGUUGAUUUGCUGUGCCUGAAUGGAGACAAGUUGACCCACAGCUACAUGUAUGUGGAGGAGUGCGGCUGCGGCCAGUCGGAGUGCACCACAGCUGCAGGGCUGUCUGCUCGCAGAAAACGAAGAUCCACGCUGCUGUGACACAGUCGUCUUUCAUAACUAUACUGAAUGUUAGAAGUGUUUUGUCUUGUACCACUCUAGCAAUAUUGGAAAGUAAUUUACCACUGAAGUGGAAUAUUUAUCAACUAAUCAAAUAAAAAUAUGCAACUCA